CGUUCCUGCGCACCGGUUCACUUUGACUGACGAUGGAUCCCGGCUACAUACUGAUCGACGAGCACAGCUCGGUGGACGAGCUGAUCCGGCUGAUUGCGAAGCGUGUGACGACCGUCGGCGAGCCGCUGAACGUGCUCAACCUGGACGACAUCGUAGCGAAGCACCGGAACUGGCAGGCGAAGCUGCCCACCGUCGCCCCGUUCUACGCGGUCAAGUGCAACAGCCAUCCGACGAUUCUGCGCCUGCUGGCGGCCCUCGGCUGCGGGUUCGACUGUGCGUCCCGGGCCGAGCUGGACAGUGUGCUGGGGCUGGGCGUAACGCCCGAUCGGAUCGUGUACGCUCAUCCGAACAAAUCGAUCGGCUCGAUUGCGCACGCGAAAAAGCUCGGCGUCAAGCGCAUGACGUUCGAUGGUUCGGAUGAGCUGGAAAAGCUGGCCCGUCACUAUCCGGAGGCUGAGCUUAUACUGCGCGUGCGGCACGAUGCAGCGGCAGCGCAGCUAUCCCUGGGGCGAAAGUUUGGCUGUGAUCAGGUGCGCGAUGCACGCCCGCUGCUGGCGCGUGCCAGGGAGCUCGGGUUGAGUGUGAUCGGUGUCAGCUUCCACGUCGGUUCGGGCAGUAUGGAUGCGGAGUGCUUUUACGGUGGCAUACGGAAGGCGAUCGAGAUCUUCCGCGUGGGCAGCACGCUCGGGAUGAAGAUGGAGCUGCUGGACGUGGGCGGAGGCUAUCCCGGUGCCAAUGGUGCGCUGUUCGAUCGGUGCGCGUACUACAUCAAUAAAGCGCUGAAGGAGUUGGUCCCCACCCCCGUGACGGUUAUAGCCGAGCCGGGGAAGUAUUACGUCGAGUCGGCAGUGACGGCACUGGUCAAUGUGGUAUCGAAGUCGUACGAAAAGGAUGUGGAUGGAGCCGUGGUACGCGUGCGGUACUACGUAGACGACGGGCUGUACGAUACGUUCGAUUGGUGCGACGAUCAGGGCAGUGGUCCGUUGCUGCAGGAGGACAAACGGGGGGCACCGUGCGUACGGUCGGUGAUCUACGGCCGCACCAUGUGCGAGCAUGAUGUAAUUCGGGAGGAAAUUUCCCUGCCCGAGCAUGAGAUCGGCGAUUGUCUAGUGUUUCCCAACCGGGGCGCGUACGCGAAGCUGCUGGGCCGGGGGCACAAUGGCUUUCGGCCAACCGGCACGAAGGUGUGCCUAACACGUGCGACGCUCAAUUACAUGUGUGCGGAGGCGGUCAAAGCAGUGCGUGGAUGAAAGGGCGGGCUUUUUUGUUCUGUUUAAGUUAAGAUUUCGCGAGAGUGAAAGGAUGAAGUGGAGCGUGUUUCAUUUUUGUUGAACAACUAGAUUUAAAGUAUGGUUAAGUGAUGCAAUACGGUGCUAAAAUAAAGUCAGUCUCCUAAGCUAGAGAGAGUGCAAACAAACAAAGUGAGCUUCAUUGUGUGUUUGAAUUUAUUACAACGAAUGGGGGAAAGUGUGUUUGGCGCCCGGCAACUGCACGUACUUCACGCAUGUACUGUCACGUGCCACUUAAUUGCUGUUGCGAGGGAAAACUAUUUGCAUGCCUUUAGCUCAUCCAUCUGUGUGUAUGUGUGUGGGCGAGGAAUGUUAUGAAUGGAAUGAUGCGCAUGUCCGAAGCAUCAUUUUUCCCAUUAUCAGCGCAUCAGUGACGGUUCGCGGGGUGUUGGUUGAGUGGGUUUACUGGUCGAAUGCCGGGUUGAUUGAUUGUUGAUCGUGACCAGAGCGUCAGAGUAUGUUUUCUUUCAUAGAUCUUACAUGUUUUCAUUGCCCC